AUGGUGCUGGACAUUUCUAUCCAAUAUUUCCUCCUGGCCGUGCUCUAUACGGAAUGCAUGGUGGGACUCACAGUAAAUAUGAUUAUGUUGGCGGCUAACCUCGUGAAGUGGAAAAGCCUGAGAUCUCUCCAGACCUGCGAUAAGAUCCUGAGUUCCUUGGCGAUUUCCAGAGGAUUGUAUUUUUUAAGUAUAACUAUACGGAACUCCUUCUAUCAAUUUUUUCCAUGGCUACAACAAAGCAAUAUCAUGUUAUCAGCCUUGUAUGUUCAGGUGAUGUUCAUGUUCUACACCACUCAGUGGCUUGUCACCCUCCUCUGUGUCUUCUACUGUGUGAAGAUUGUGACCUACAACUAUAAACUCUUCAUCUUCCUGAAGACCCGGAUCUCCACCAUGGUCCCGUGGCUGAUUCUGUCCUCUCUGCUGAUCUCACUGAUCUCCAGCCUUCCAUAUGGUUGGUACGGUUAUAAUGACUUAGAGCUACAUUUGUUAUCAAAUGAUUCUACAGGAAAUAUGACUGUUUACCAACUAGUUAUUGUGCCAAACUAUGAUCACCGGAUCCUGAUUUUUGCUCUAGGUAACAUUCCUCCAUUUGUUAUAUUUUGUGUCUCCGUCUCCUUGUUAAUCCAUUUCCUUCUCAUUCACACCAGACAGAUGAGGAGCAAUGAGUCACAUAUCCAGAGCCCAAACCUAAAAUCUCACUUUGGUGCUUUGAAAAGUAUGAGCUUAUUUUUGCUACUACAGAUAAUGUAUUUUAUUUUUAUGAAUCUCUUUACAUCUGGUAGAUUUUUUCAUUUCGCGUUUCUGAUCUUACUUCGUUGGAUAUUACUCAGUAGCCUUUCCUUGCUCCAUUCCCUCUACAUGAUCUCCUCCAGUACAGAAGUAAUUAAGAUGUUUACCUCAAUGUGUUUCUGUCAUAUCAGAAGUUCUUAA